UGGGCGGAGCUGCGAGGUGCUCUCCUGGCCACGUGACCGGAGCCAACAUGGCGGCGCCCAUCGGCGUCCACCUGUUCGUCCGUGGAGGUUGUCAGAGAAUUUUGUCUUCUCCACUCAAUCAUCUCUGCUUAUACAAGCGGACAGGCAGUCAACAAAGAAGAAAUUUCUUUUUCUGGAGACAAAGGGAUCUCUCCCACAAUAUAGUCUCGCCGGCUGCAGUUUCUCCCGCACAUCCUGUUCCCAAGCACAUAAAGAAGCCAGACUAUGUGACGACAGGCCUUGUGCCGGACUGGGGAGACAGCAUAGAAGUUAAGACUGAAGAUCAGAUCCGAGGGCUCCGUGAGGCUUGUCAGCUGGCCCGACACAUCCUCCUCCUGGCUGGGAAGAGCUUGAAGGUUGACAUGACAACAGAAGAGAUUGACGCUCUAGUUCAUCGGGAAAUCAUCAGUCACGAUGCCUAUCCCUCACCUCUGGGCUAUGGCCGCUUUCCAAAAUCUGUUUGCACCUCUGUAAACAACGUGCUCUGCCAUGGCAUUCCUGACAGCCGACCUCUUCAGGAUGGGGAUAUUAUCAACAUUGAUGUCACGGUCUAUUACAAUGGCUACCAUGGAGACACCUCUGAGACCUUUCUGGUGGGCAAUGUGGAUGAACGUGGUAAAAAGUUAGUAGAGGUGGCCAGGAGGUGUAGAGAUGAAGCAAUUGCAGCUUGCAGAACUGGGGCCCCCUUCUCUGUAAUUGGAAACACAAUCAGCCGCAUAACUCAUCAGCAUGGGCUGCAAGUCUGCCCGCAUUUUGUGGGACAUGGGAUAGGAUCGUACUUUCACGGACAUCCAGAAAUUUGGCAUCAUGCAAAUGACAAUGACCUGCCCAUGGCGGAGGGCAUGGCUUUCACCAUAGAGCCAAUCAUCACUGAGGGGUCCCCAGAAUUUAAAGUCCUGGAGGAUGAGUGGACUGUGGUCUCACUAGACAACCUAAGGUCCGCGCAGUUCGAACACACAGUCCUCAUCACAGCAAGAGGUGUGGAGAUCCUGACCAAACUGCCCCAAGAAGCCUAAGACUCUUCCAGCUAGGCCACCGAGGCCCCGUGCCUGUCUUCUUAAGGAUGCCUUUAAGAACUGAGGAGCCAGCCACAAGCCACAUAGGAGUCUGCAGUGUCUCAGAGGAAAAUACAGUGUGGACAGGACUUUGGGGACUCAGGGCAGCGGCCUACAAGGACCUCUGGAGAACCACCUUCCUGGGCAAGUGGUUUGCCUGUUCCUGAUUCUAAUUCUGGUUUCACUUGGUUUCACUGAAAUCCAUUCCAGAUUCUAACCAAGUUAAAAAACAAAACAACAACAACAACAAACCUCUUAACUCCAUUGUGUUCACUCUCCACAUGGGACAGUUACAAAGGUGUGGGGUAGGUGGUUAGUUUUGGAAUCUCCAAACUUUUAACAUGCACACAGGAAAAAAAAAAAAAA